UAUCGAUCCACAAACCCUAGCUACGGCCGCAGUUCUUCUCUUUCCAAAGGAGCGAGUUCUCCGGCGAACUAAAUGAAUCAGUCCGGUGGAACAACAUCAGCAGGCGGUGAUGGAGGGGGCUCAGUUGGUCUGGAUUCAGACGAAAACAAGACUCAAGCGAACGUAUUACAAGGCGACACGGUUCAGGGAGAAAGCAAGGUUCAGGCUUCUCCUAAUUUAGAUGAACACGAUGUAAACUCUGAAGGUUGGACAAGAAGAGAACGGAAUCGACAGGGCGCUGCGUUCAGGAAACCAUGUUCAGACAGAUGCAUCCAGAUGGAGAUAGCACUUGGAAAUGCUGGGAAGAUUGGGCAGGAAGUUGUUUUUCAGCCAUUUAAAGGGAUGGAAUUCGACUCAGAGAAGGAUGCAUUCGAAUUUUUCAAUGCAUAUUCUUGGGAAAUUGGUUUUGGUAUCAAGCAUGGCAAUAAGUACAUCAACAAGCACGGAUUCAAGACAAAGCAGGACCUUUUGUGCUCAUGCGAGGGAACUCACAAAAAAUUCAACUCUAGGUCUAGCAGAACAAACUGCCCUGCUAUGGUUAGGUUGCUUCGCACCAACGACGACGGAUGGUACUAUGCAGAGGUGGUAUUAGAACACAACCACGAGUUGGCAGACAAUGUCGGUGAAAGAAAGUUAUGGAAGUGCCACAAGUACGUCGACGCAUCUAUGAAGGACAUUGUUAGGCACUUGCGUUCUAACAAUGUUUCACUGACCAAGGUAUAUGGGGUGAUGGCCGACAUUCAUGGUUCACACAAUGAUGUCCCAUUCCGUAAAAGGUCUCUCAAAUCCAUGUGUGCGUCCAUAGCUCAAGAAUGUAGUCAGGAUGAUAUCAACAAGACACUGGCUUUAUUCACAAGCAUGCAGGCAGAGGGCACUGGAUUCUUUUUCGCAGUAAAAAAAGAUGAGCAAAGAAGGGUGUCUGGUCUGUUUUGGUGUCACCAAAAGAGCAGGGCCGACUACAGUUUCUUCGGAGACGCCAUGACAUUCGACACAACUUACAAGAGCAACCUCUAUGAGAUGCCAGUUGGUCUAUUCGUCGGAGUCAAUAACCACUAUCAAUGCUGCCUGUUUGGUUGUGUUUUCCUGCGUGAAGAGACUGUAGAGUGAUUCAAGUGGGCAUUUGAAACAUUCCUAUCAGCAAUGGGCAA